AUGUCGCCCGUGCGCCGAGCCCUGACCCCUGCUUCCUGCGAUGCCCUCCUGGCACGUCGCCCCUCAGCGUCCUCUCCCGCUACCGCUGCAGCCCGUCGACCCAUGUCAGCGGCACCCGCGUUCGAUCUCCACAUAGAAGAUGCGCACCCCACGCCCGACUUCCAGAUUUUCGACAUCUUCGACGCCCCAGCGCGUCUGGGCGAGUCGAGCAAACUCCUCAUGCGGUCUGCCUCGGCGCGCACUCUCUCCAGUCGCCCAGCGCGGCCUGUCGACUCGACUUUCGUGCGCAAGAACACUGUCCAGCCGUUGCCGGCUCCCAUCAUAUUCGACGGCCCCACUCGACCCCGGGCUGCAAGCACAACGCUUGGCGCGAGCCGCGCACGGAGCACAAGCGCAGCAUCCGCUGCUAGCUCACUACCGUUCUCCCUGCCGGCGCCCAAGACAUUCGACGGCCCAUCGCGGCUGCGCCCAUAUCAGGCUCGGGAUGACCCCAAGUCGUCGGCAGUGACCCCUUCGUUGUUGGUUCUGCUCGGGGUGUCUGGCUUUGUAGGGAUUUUUGGCUGGGAAAAAUUGACCGAAGUGUCUGCUGGUAUGCAACAUCGGCCCGACCACGAAUUGGCGCGAUUCACGUUCAUAUCCGUGUUCCUCGUAGGAGGAAGGCAUGUCACGACCGAUGUAACUUAUGCUCUGCUUCGUUUUUCAUGA